AUGCAGCUUUCUAUUCUUCUUACAACAAACAAAUCCAAACUUUCUUCCAAACCACUUCAGACUGAGUAUCUGAAGUACGAUUUCGAAGAAACUGGGAGAGAUGAUGGAGAACUGUUACUAGACGUCCAGAUUGUACCAAGGAAAGAUUCCUUUCGAUAUCUGGGAUAUAUGAUCCAGAGUGAUGGGGACAUAAAGGAGGACAUUAGACACAGAUCCCAGUCAGGUUGGGCUAAAUGGAGACUGGCGACUGGAGUCCUCUGCGAUCGUAAGGUCCCAGUUAAACUGAAGGGAAAAUUCUACAGGACAGCAAUCAGAUCCGCGAUGCUGUACGGAGCGGAAUGUUGGGAAAUUAUAAGCUCGCACCUCAUGGCGCUCCAUGUGAUGGAAAUGAGGAUCCUAAGAUGGGCAUGUGGGCACACAAGGCGCGAUAAAAUCAGAAAUGACUGUGUUCGUGGGAAACUUGGGGUAGCACCAGUGAAGGAUAUACUGUCACAACAUCGGCUUCGCUGGUUCGGGCAUCUCCAACGAAGACCACCGGACGCCCCAAUUCGUUUAGGAUGCAUCACACGGCCAGAAGGUAGAAUGAAGCAUCUGGGACGACCGAAGCUCACAUGGGAUGAAUUGAUUAAAUGA